AUGUCGUCGGGAUUGACGCGACGUCGCGGUGCCGGCGGCGGCACCGGGGCCACUUCCGAGGGCGACUCCAGCAAUGGCGCUGGAGCCAGGAACCCUUCGUCCAACGCCCGGGACGCCGGCCCCGAGACCAGCUACGAGAGCGGCGAGAAUGGCCACAAGAUCGCCUUCGAUCCUCGGGACAUUAGCGAGAGCGCUGAGCGAAGCAAGCAGCCCAAGCUCACCCUCAUGGAGGAGGUGCUGCUGCUGGGCCUCAAGGACAAGCAGGGCUACCUUUCCUUCUGGAACGAUAACAUCUCCUACGCCCUCCGAGGCUGCAUCGUCCUCGAGCUGGCCUUCCGAGGCCGCAUUGCCAUGGAGAAGGACGCCUCGAGGCGGCGAUUCCCCCUGGCUGACCGCAACAUCGAAGUUAUUGACGACGCCCUCACUGGUGAGGUCCUCCUCGAUGAGGCCCUCAAGAUGAUGAAGCAGAGCGAAAAGAUGAGCGUCAGCUCCUGGAUCGACCUCAUGAGCGGCGAGACUUGGAACUUGAUGAAGAUAGGAUACCAGCUCAAGCAGGUUCGAGAGCGCCUCGCCAAGGGCCUUGUCGACAAGGGCAUCCUCCGCACCGAGAAGCGCAACUUCCUCCUCUUCGACAUGGCCACCCACCCCGUCGCCGACGGUGGCGCCAAGGAGGAGAUCCGUCGCCGAGUUCGCAAUAUCCUGACCCAGCGCACUGUUGUCCUCAACGGCAGCCAGUUCCUCCCCGAAUCACUCGAGUUCCGCUACCUACGCAGUCUGUCCAUGGUCUGCGCCGCCUAUGCCGCCAACGUCCUCGAGAAUGCUCUGUCGACCCUGGGCCAUGAGGCUCGCGAAAGGGCCUUUGCCCAGACGGAUGAGCUGCUGGCUGACUACAGUCAGUGGCCGUUUGGCAAGAAGGCCACUGGCAACGGAAUUGGAGCCAACCUUCCCCAAGUGAUCGCCGAAGAAACCACCUCGAGCACGGGCAAGGACAAGGAAUUGCAGUUGGAGGUUGUGGCCGCCUGUUUGAGCGUCUUCACCCGCCUUGACUCGCUCCUCUAA